AUGGUGUCCUCCAACGCUUUCAGCACCAGCGAGCCUUCUGAGAAGGCCGAUUUCCCGUGGAACAUUGACCAUCUUCCGACGAAGCUUUUCAUCAACAAUGAGUUUGUCGACGCCAAGUCGGACAAGUUUCUCACAGUCUAUAACCCCAAAGAUGGCUCCUUAGUGAGCGAUUCAGUGGCUCUUGCUGGUGAGGAAGAUGUUGAUGCCGCCAUUCAAGCAGCCGAGGCAGCUUUCCCGGCUUGGCGCAAGACUCCUCCCAACAUCCGACGUGACAUGCUUCUCAACCUCGCGUCAAACCUCCUCGAGCACUCGCAGGCCAUGGCGGCGAUGACUCGUGCCACUUUGGGCGGUCCUAUCAGCGUGGCCGGGGCAAUGGAGAUUGGCUUCGCGGUAGAGGCUCUACGCUACUUUGCCGGUUGGACUGACAAACUGGCUGGUGAGACGUACCCAGAAGAGGACGGUUUCUUCAAGCUUGUGCGGCAAGAACCCCUCGGAGUGGUAUCAGGCAUCAUUCCGUGGAACGCGCCGAUUGGGAGUGCAUGUGCCAAGGCGGCGCCAGCGCUGGCAACAGGAAAUUGCUUCAUCCUUAAACUGUCCGAGAAGACGCCCUUCGCUGGUCUUGCAAUGGGGAGUCUCAUCAAGGCAGCCGGGUUCCCGCCUGGCGUAUUCCAGAUCCUCUCGGGAGAUGGCAGCACUGGAGCAAUCAUCGCGAACCACAUGCGUAUCCGCAAGGUCUCCUUUACUGGCUCAACUGCAACAGGUAAGAAGAUCCAGGAAAUGGCCGCCCGGUCCAACCUCAAGCGCGUGACGCUUGAGCUGGGUGGAAAAAGUCCUGCCCUCAUCUUCAACGAUGCAAACAUUGGCAAUGCUGUUACCUGGUGUGUCAAUGCCAUCACUAUCAACACAGGCCAGGCCUGCUUUGCCGCCUCGCGCGUCUAUGUCCAAAGCGGCAUCUAUGAUGUCUUUGUGCAAAGGUUUAGGGCUCUGGUGGAGGAAAAGACCAAGCUCGUUGGUGAUCCUGACGACCCCAAUUCCUUUGUUGGUCCCGUUGUCGACGAGGCACAGUUCAACCGCGUAAUGGGCUUCAUCAACCGUGGCAGUAGCCAGGGAUCACUCCUCGUCGGCGGGAGCAGGCUACAUGACAAGGGUUACUAUGUUGCUCCCACCGUCUUCACUGAUGUGGCCGAGGAUGCCGAGAUCAUCCGGCAAGAGAUCUUUGGUCCCGUGGCGGUGAUCAACCGGUUCGAGUCGGAAGACGAGGUGAUCAAGCUGGCUAACGACACUCGCUACGGUCUUAUGGCGGGAGUAUUUACGCAAGAUAUAACUCGAGCAAUGAGAAUCUCGGCUGAGCUUGAUAGUGGUAUGGUGGGUAUUAAUGCUGUGAGCACCGUCUUCUGGCAGACCCCUUUCGGUGGAACCAAGGAGAGCGGUAUUGGGAGGGAGAACGGGAUCCAUGCUAUCCGAUCGCAUACUGAGCCCAAGACGGUCUUCAUUAACAUGAAGGCAUGA